UUUUACUACUGCGAAGUUUUGAGACAUUUUAUUUUGGAACGCGAGAAUCAAAAUCCGGAAGUAGUUAAUUUGGCUCGCGCCCUGCUUGAUUGGCUGCUGAGCGUCAGGCGGCCGUUGUAGACGCCGGCCAGUGCAGUAGGCUCGCGGGAGGGAAGCAGUGGAAGUACCAGAGGAGACAGAGGGACGGACUUUUUUAUUUAAAUACACCUGAGAGCGGAAAGCUUCAGAGAAGACGGAAGCCGCCAUUUAAACUUAAAAAGGCUUUGUGUCGGUUUUUUUUCCCGUUAUGUUUCGCUGGAGCUCCGGUCCCCUCUGAGGUUUACACCGGAGAGUAGUGCACGUCAGCGGGGUACGUUACGGCGGUGUGCACGUGAACAAACCGGGGCUGCGCGUCGACAUCCUUCCAGCAUCAGCAGCACCUGGAUGCCUUCCUCUCAUUAAGCCGCGAGGAGGGAGGUCGGAGGAGAAGAAGAAGGAGGAGGAGGUGGUGAUACAUAUAUAUGGGAGAUCGGUUGGAUUUUCAUCCCCCCGCCGUUACAAACUUGUGUCCAGGAUGGGGAAGGAGCAAGAGCUGCUGGAAGCCGCGCGCACCGGGAACGUCACCUUGGUGGAGAAACUGUUAUCUGGGAAAAAGGGAAUUCUGGGAUCUGGAUCAGGUUCUAUCCCGCUUCCCAAUCUUCUAAGCAUGUGGAAGGGCCUGAACGUGAACUGCACAGACAGCUCAGGAUACACACCUCUACACCACGCCUCGCUCAAUGGACACCGGGACGUGGUGCUGAAACUUCUCCAAUUUGAGGCUUUGACUAACGUGGCUGACAGCAAAGGCUGCUCCCCUCUUCACCUGGCCGCCUGGAGAGGCGACGUCGACAUCGUUCGAAUCCUCAUCCAUCACGGGCCUUCGCACUGCCGGGUGAACCAGCAGAACCAUGAGAGGGAAACGGCGCUCCACUGUGCAGCCCAGUAUGGCCAUUCCGAGGUGGUAGCAGUGCUGCUUCAGGAGUUGACGGACCCGACCAUGAGGAACAACCGGCAGGAGACGCCCCUGGACCUGGCAGCGCUCUACGGAAGACUGCAGGUGGUACGCAUGCUGGUGAACGCUCAUCCCAACCUUAUGACCAGCCACGCCCGACUACACACUCCGCUUCACCUGGCUGCACGCAACGGACACUACAGCACCAUCCAGACUUUGCUGGAUGCAGGCAUGGAGGUCAACUGUGUGACGGAGAAUGGCAGCGCCCUCCAUGAGGCCGCCCUCUUUGGGAAGAUGGAUGUAGUUCGCCUUCUGCUCGACUCAGGGAUCGACACCGGUCUGAUAGACUGUCGGGGGAGAACCGCUCUGGAGAUUCUGAGAGAACAUCCCGCACCCAAAUCCCAGCAGAUCACUGCUCUCAUCCAAGACUACAUGAUGGAUGAGCUGGACACACUGGGUAUAAUCGAGGAGCCGGUCCGCAAGUGUCCGGUCCCGGCUCCUCGGGCCUCCAUCCCCUCACCUGCUGCUUCCCCCUCCCUCAGACACAAAACGGAUGACGCGGUGACGAGUGAGCUGUCCAGACUUCUCAACGACAUCAAGAAGUGCAGAGACUACUCCUUCGAGGAGCUCUGCCACACCAUCUCCUCCCAUUCCAUGGACAGCUUUGGGAGCGGCCGGCUGUCGGAUGAGGAGCACUCUGACAAACCCAACGGAACGCUGACUCGAGUCAGCAAGCGGCCUUCCCUGCCUCUGGCGCACGCCGUGGAGGAAGAGGAGGCGGAAAAGACGUGCGGUCCCACCGGAAUCUGGGAGGCUCUCACUCCCUGCAAUGGAUGCCACAACCUGGGCUUCUCUGGUCUGUCUCAGGUAAAGACACAUAAUAUGCAUUUACAUUUACGUGCAUUCAAAUGGAAAAAAUCGAGAUAAUUUUUAAACGGAAUGCAAAGCGAGGCUGCACGUGGACACAAACAAACGGCUUCACUUCUGCAAAAUUACAGGCUAGUGAUGUUGCUAUUGUUCUGAGUGAAUACUUUUACUGGUUACCGUGGGAACGAGGUGAAUAAGCCAUCACUAGAGAGGCUGGUCUCCUGUAAGCUCUGCAGUUUUUCCUCCUCGUCAUAAAUGCUCCCCAGUUUUAAAUCC